AUGAGAGGACACGUUAGUGAACAUGUUAAAAAAGCUGUAUCAAUUUCAUCUCUUAUUCCACAAUAUAUCGCUGAUAAAAAUUAUGACGAUUUAGCUCCAGCAAUUGAAAUUUAUGGAAAAUUUUUGCCUGGUUCAAUAUCUGAGAUUAGAUCAGAAUUUUUAUUAUGGAAAAAAAGAUGGGUGCAAGUGGACAAAGAAAACAACUCCGAUUCAUUAUCACCUUCCGUGAAACGUAAAGAACAAAUGGCUUUACCAGAUACAGCAAUUGACGCUUAUGUUCAAUGUACUAAAGCAUUUUAUCCAAAUAUAAAAAUUUUAUUGAAAAUAUUUGCAACUUUAUCAGUAUUAACGGCAACUACAGAACGAACAUUUUCUGUCCUAAACUUAUUGAAAACUUAUUCGCGCUCGACAACGUCAGAAACGCGACUUAACAGUCUAGCUAUGAUGCACAUUCAUCGAGAUAUAAAUAUAAAUGUUGAUUCUGUCAUUGAUGAAUUUGCAAAAUCUAAUCAUCGUUUAAUUUUUUAA